AUGGCUAGAACUAAACAAACAGCAAGAAAAUCCACUGGUGGUAAAGCCCCAAGAAAGCAAUUGGCUUCCAAGGCUGCCAGAAAAUCCGCUCCAUCUGCUGCUGGAGGUGUCAAGAAGCCCCACAGAUAUAAGCCAGGUACCGUUGCUCUGAGAGAAAUCAGAAGAUUCCAAAAGUCUACUGAGUUGCUUAUCAGAAAGCUGCCUUUCCAAAGAUUGGUCAGAGAAAUUGCUCAGGACUUCAAGACUGACCUGAGAUUCCAAUCUUCUGCCAUCGGUGCUUUGCAAGAAUCCGUCGAAGCUUACUUGGUUUCCUUGUUCGAAGAUACUAACUUGUGUGCUAUUCACGCUAAGAGAGUUACUAUCCAAAAGAAGGAUAUCCUGUUAGCUAGAAGACUGAGAGGUGAAAGAUCCUAA